AUGGAUACUUUUUACAAAGGCGAAACAUCAGAGCCGCAAAAAGAAGAUGUUGUUAGUGAAGAUGCUGAAGAUGGUGAAGAUGUUGGAAAUAAUGUGCAUGAAGACUUUGGUAUGUAUGACGAUAUUGAGGUGGCAACUGUUGUAGAAGAAGAUGUGUACGUGAAUCAUACAUGGGAAGAUGGUAUUGAUUUAGCUGUAGGACAAGAAUUUGGCAAAAGGAGUCAUUGCAAGAGCAAACUCAAAACUCCAGCACCACAAGAACUGAUUGUUUUGGUUCAAAACGCAAGUAUCAUACUCCACUGCAUGGAGAGAAAAAGAGCAGCUUCUAAUGAUGUGCGGGGAAGUCCAGAGGAGAGUUAUCAGUUGUUGCACUCUUAUUUGUAUAUGCUAGAGUACAUGAACCCUGGUACACGCACUUAUGUGGAAAUGGAUGAGGGAAACAGGUUUAAGUAUCUAUUAUUUGCCUUGGGAGCUUGCUUUGAGGGUUUCCAAGUCAUGAGAAAAGUGAUUGCUCUGGAUGCCACCCACCUUAAGAAUGCAUAUGGUGGCGUUUUAAUUGGUGCUACAGCUCAAGAUCCUGACCAUCACCAUUAUCCAAUUGCUUUUGGUGUACUUGAUGGUGAGAAAGAGGCAAGCUGGAUGUGGUUUAUGAACAUGUUGAGAUCAGUUGUACCAGAUGUUCCUGAAUUGGUGUUUCUUUCUGAUAGAAACCAAAGUCUCCUUAAGUCAAUACGUGAGGUCUUUCCAUUGUCUCAGCAUGGAGUUUGUAUAUAUCAUUUGUCUGAAAACGUGAAAGGAAAUGUCUCAGGAGUCAACAGAGUGACUUGUGCGAAGAAGUUCAGAGCUUGUGCUCAUGCUUAUACCGAGAAUGAAUUCUUGACACUUUACAGUGCUUUUAGGAGAACGUAUCCAGAUGCAGCCAAAUAUCUGGAUAGGACUGUUGGUGAGGAGAAAUGGGCAAGAUGCUAUUUUCCCGGAGACAGGUAUAAGAUUGACACCACCAAUUGUGCAGAAUCUAUCAAUGGCGUUUUUGUAGAAGCAAAGAAGUACUCGCUGUUACCAAUGAUUGAUGUGAUUGUUGCAAAAUUGGCUGAAUGGUUUAACAAGUAUAGGAAGGCGUCUAAUGAAGUUUCUACGGCACAUAAGCGUGUUCCAUAUAUGGAGAAUGAAAUGCAUGUGAGAUGUGUGGAAGCAAAUCUAUUGACGGUGCAUUAG